UCCCAGUCACAUGCCUGCCUGCAGCCUCCGUUAAUCCUGCGCCCGGCCUGAGAGGGACGGAGCGAGCCGAACAGCUUCACCUGGCGGCGCGGCGGGAGGACUGGAGUCGCCGGAUUUGCUGCCCCUGCAGUGGAUAAAGCACUUUCUGAAGGAAGACUCAGAAGAAGCUGAGCUGGUCCAGUUCCUUAACGAUUCCCCAACAGAGAAGACCUUCCAUCGGGUGAAGCCAGAAGCCAUCCCUCAGGAGAAAAGACCCAGUCUAGGUGGGACUGAAAUGUUCCCUAGUGCUGCAGUCCAGGCCAUUCCCAAAGAUGCUUUGGAGGAAAAGGAGCAGAAGGCCUUCUACCGCCCUCACCCUCUAGACUUGAUACCGCAACACAUGGCUGCUCCAGCACCACCAAGUCCAUCCCGCCCCAGAAGCCCCUGGGGCAGGCUUGACCCAUAUGACUCAGAUGAGGACAAUAAAGAAUAUGUGGGAUUUGCAACACUUCCUAAUCAGGUCCAUCGGAAAUCUGUGAAAAAAGGAUUUGAUUUCACACUAAUGGUUGCAGGAGAGUCUGGGCUGGGGAAAUCCACUCUGGUGAACAGCCUUUUUCUUACAGAUCUAUACAAAGAUCGCAAACUCUUAAAUGCAGAAGAACUGAUUGUCCAGACUGUGGAGAUUACCAAGCAUGUGGUAGACAUAGAGGAGAAAGGGGUGAAACUUCGCUUGACCAUUGUGGACACACCAGGCUUUGGAGAUGCUGUAAACAACACAGAAUGUUGGAAGCCUGUGGCUGAUUAUAUAGAUCAGCAGUUUGAGCAGUAUUUCCGGGAUGAAAGCGGCCUUAACCGGAAAAAUAUUCAAGACAACCGUGUCCAUUGCUGCCUCUACUUCAUCUCUCCUUUUGGUCACGGUUUGCGACCUCUGGAUGUUGAAUUCAUGAGAGCGCUCCAUCAGCGUGUGAACAUUGUUCCUGUCUUGGCCAAGGCUGACACUCUCAUGCCGUCCGAGGUGGAACGAAUGAAGUGCAAGAUUCGUGACGAAAUUGAUCAUUUUGGGAUCCGGAUCUAUCAGUUUCCUGAUUGUGAUUCAGACGAAGAUGAUGAAUUCAAGCAGCAGGACGAAGCACUCAAAGACAGCAUCCCCUUCGCCGUGAUUGGCAGUAACACCAUUGUGGAGACGAAAGGCAGACGAAUCCGGGGGAGGCUGUAUCCUUGGGGAAUUGUUGAAGUGGAGAACCCAAUGCAUUGUGACUUUGUCAAGCUGCGCACCAUGCUGGUAAGGACCCAUAUGCAGGACCUGAAGGAUGUGACUCGGGAGACCCACUAUGAAAACUACCGGGCUCAGUGCAUUCAGAGCAUGACUCGCAUGGUGGUGAAGGAGCGGAAUCGCAACAAGCUAACUCGAGAAAGUGGGACUGAUUUCCCCAUCCCAACUACACCCACGGUGCCAGACUUGGAGACAGAGAAACUGAUCCGGGAGAAGGAUGAGGAGUUACGAAGACUGCAGGAAAGGUUGCAGAAAAUCCAACAGCAGAUGGAAGAUUCAUAGUAAUCAUAAAUUGCCCUCCCCUCCCCAGUAUAUUUUUUUUUUGCCCCUGCUGGCUGGCAUCCUUCCAAAGCAGAAAAUGUUUACAUCCCCCUGAAUUUCACCCCAUCUCCAGUACUUGGUCCUUUUCAAACAUAAAUUGCUGCAAUGAUCGCCUUAAAAACCAAAGUUCUACAAUUACUUACCCUUCUAAGAAACGAGAAACUCAGAAAGGUUUCAAGAUGCUACCGCAACCUUCUAACACGCGGGGACUUUUCCUUUCUCCAUCCAGUCUGGCUACUGAUCAUAAUUGUGGUGAUUUUUCUGCAGAGUGCAGAGACGAACUAUUCUGCAAACCCAGCACUGAAAGGAAACUUAACUCUCAUCUGAAAGGCAGACUGUGAUAAUUUGUACCAGCAACUUUUUACAACUUUCUAACCCGGUUGUAAAAAAGAUGCAAGUGUAAAAAAAAAAAAAAAAAAAGCAGACAUACACAAAAACACAAGAUAUUCUCUCCAAGUCCGCCUUGAAAUUAUUGGCAAAAAUAUAUGUACACAAGAGAUGAAAUGACAAAAUUCCGAUCUUUACGAUGGUAAAAUUGAGAACUUUCAGCCUCGCAUCAGAUGUUGGGAAUGCUUUUAAAAAUAAUCCUCCUGGAAAAUCUGAAGGCCGUUAGCAGACGCCAGCAAUUAAAUUUCUCAUGAUUAGUCCCCUUGAAAUGAAUGGGAGCUGCCGGAAUCUUGCACUGAGAAACUUUUGACUGAAUUAAAUACAUGAGCACUCCCUUUGCGAAAACUCUGUUUGGUUCUAUUUUAUAUUUAUCUCCUCGUAAGUGAGAGGAGUCAAAAGAUGGAGUUAAUAUAGUUUUUGCAAGCUAAUAUUAUUAAUUUUAUUUAAUUUUUUUCAAGCUAUUGUAUCAAAGCAAGAUAAAAACAAAAAGAAAUCUACUGUCCCACGCACAGCCAUGCACACCCAGCCGCUGAUGGACGUGCAAAAUAACCAAGCUUCUUGCAAGGAAUAUUCAGUUUCAUUUGAAAUCGUCCCUUCCCACGUGUUUUAAGUGACCGUGUCUCUCUUGUGAAUAUGUAUCAGCUCAUACCUUCAAUCAAGAACACCUAAAUUAGGACUUUUCAGCAAGUGGAUCUUGUAAUGUGUGGCUUAUUCCAAAUGGAAAUUUUCCUAAAAGUCUGGAGAAAAAAAUGCCUGGCACUCUCCAAUCUCUGGAGGGUCAGUCCUUAGAAUCUGCAUGCUGCUGCUCUUGCGGGGAUCAGUCUUCUGAAUCUGCUAAAAAUUUCCGUCUCUGCUGAUGAUGCAUGCUGCCGUUAUGCUUUGAAAGAAGAUCCCAGAGAACAAAGCUAUGCAUCGUUCUCAAACCAGCUGAUUGGUUGCUCACAGAAAAUGUUGGUGAGAUGCUUUCAAAAG